UCUUAGCUUUACACAACAGCCCACACAGAAAAACAUCGGGACUCCUUAGAACAGUCGCCCCAGGCAGAAAAAGGGACUGGCACAGAGAGAUUUUCUUCUACUGAACAGCUGCAAGCGGAGCCAGGUGGGACUGAGACCCUCAGACAUCUGAUCCUGCCCAGAGUUUCCUCUUAAUCCUGGCUUAUGUGCCUUAUCAGAGCAGUGGAUUCCUUCUCCUCAGAACGACUUGUUACAGAAAGGAGCUUCUGCAAAGAGCAAACAGCCACCUGCCCACUGCACUUGCUGUCUGAAACACAAAACUUAUUUCCACCACACCUUUCCUUGGGAGGAUGCAGCCUCAAGACACAGGCGUUCAGUACAGGCGGUGGAACAACAACAGUCGUGAUGAAGUCAGUGUGAACGUGUCCACUGCUGAGGCAUCAGGAUGUAGGAGGGUUUACAAUAAGCUGUGCACAGGGAAAGUCGGCAUCGCAGUUAAAGUGAUCGGAGGAAACAUCCUCUUCUGGAUUGUUUUCAUCAUUGGCUACGUGACAGGUUACUAUGUGCACAAGUGCAAGUAGAGCAGAACGCAGCCUGCAGAACCCCAGGCCUGGAUCCCCCUGUGGCCUAAUCCAAAAUAUCUCAUUGCCACUCCCCAGCGCCCCACUUGCAAACAUGCCUGGACGGAGCAGGAGCCUUCACCACAUGUCCACACAAAGGUGAACUGUCACCAACAACUCCGGCUUUUUUCUGGCCUCUGCCCCAUCUCCUGGCCCACACGCAGCCAAGUGCCACCAUCCCUGUGGAGCGUAAGGAUGGGGCUGGGCCACCAGCCACCUGGUAAUGUGCCUGAUUUCAGACUGUGAACUAAGGAGCCAUCAGAGGUCCCUUGUCCCUCAUGGGGGCUAUCCCCAGCACAUGCUUUCAUCUCACAGUGGCUGCUCCAGGGCAGUGGUGCUGCUCCCUUGCUAGGCUUGAGGUCUCUUCCCAGUCCCCUGUUUGAGCCCACCCCUUACUCAGAGGCUCUGCUGGGGGGGCGAGUGCACUGGCUGGAGCUGGGGGAUGCUGAUCCUGUCCCUGAAACUUCCUUAAGUCCCAUCAGCCCCCGUGGCCAUAAAGCCUCCAGGCUGCUGCAUAUACCCCUGGAGGGCUGGGCUCAUUAGGAGACAGUGGGAUGGGAGCCUUAAUUGUAUUUGAAUUGACACUCCACUGAAUUUCCCUGCAAAGGAAUUUACUGCUUUUUCCAGUCAGGGUUGUGGACACUGCUGCCUUUUCCCUCAGAAAGCUCUGCUGUGGCCCAGGGCUCAGACACAGCCAGCAAUGCAAAGCUCUGUAUUUCUUCCCCCUGCGACACAAUCCAAUCAUUGUAAGAAAUAAAAGCAGGUUGAAAGUUA